AUGAAUCACAAGAAACCAAAGAGAGUCUAUAAGAAGACGAAGACAUCACAAGAAGUAGUGAAACGAGAAGACAAUGAUUUCGGGGAAGAAGUGGUGACUAAUGAAGGCUCGGAUGAGAGGAAGACAUCGACGACAGACACAGACUUCAAGAGUAUUAAAGACAAGACAUGUUAUGAACGGCUGAACCGAAAGCCAAACCGAGUCUUCAAAUUAAAGGCAAUUCAAUGCGUUUACAAAGACUGUGACUAUAAGUGCCGAUCGGACGCCAAUCUGGCCUCUCAUAUGAAAUCACACGACAAUCCGAAGACCGAAGCCUAUAGACAGCAACGGCUAUCACUUCACCGCCGGUGCUAUGAUUUGGUGACCAAUUCAUACAUCUGUGACGAUAUCUCGUGCGGGAAGUCAUUCAAGAGUUAUCGCCGACUGAGAGCGCACACCAUUAACGUCCACUCGAGCCGUGAUGUCAGCUGUGAUUAUCCCGAUUGUCACAAAAUGUUCAAAACUUCAUACGUAAUGAAGGAUCACUACAAGCAGUUCCACACGACAGACAAACCGCUGAAGUGUCCGCACAUGAGUUGCGGCCAAAGCUAUUUAAAUAGGAGCCAAUUGGAGGCACACGUUGUCCGUCACGCCACUGAUCGGCCAUUUGUAUGCGAUUUCAUUGGUUGUGACAUAAAAUUUAAGUCAGAAGCGUGUCUGAAGUCUCACCAACGGAUCCAUUCAAGUGCGCUGACCAUUAAGUGCACUGUCGAGGGCUGUUCGCAACGGUUUCAAGUGUAUCAUCACAUGAAUAGACACCGUGUAAUCGACCAUCACUUUAGGCGCCGUAAGCAACUGCGAAAAGCUGUCAAAGACAUUACCUGUCAGUGGCCGGGAUGUGAUUACAAAGUGUGCGAUCGCUGGAAACUUAGACUUCACCAGAACAUACACACCGAUGAGCGGCCGUAUGUCUGCGAUUGGCCCGAAUGUGGCAAACGGUUCCGCCGACCGACCGCUUUGAGAGAUCACAAGAAUAUACACAACAAUGUGAAGCCAUACGCCUGCCAUUGGCCCGGAUGUCAGUACCGGUGCUGUAAUAGCGGUAAUGCACGCAAACAUUUUAAGCUCGUUCAUCAAAAGUGA